AUGGCGCACACACCCGGCUCGUACCUGCCCCGGCACUCGGACGACAAGGACAGCGUGCUGUCCGGAGAGUCUCCGACACCGUCGGUGUCGGACGGCUCUUCCCCGCACGCGUCCAAAGCCAACCUCUCCUACGUCUUGUCGCGCUCGAGCAACGCGACCUGCCACCCGCUCGCGGCGCACGCCGCCGCGGGCGCACGUCCGUGCGGGUCGAGCACGACGCUCGUCGCGUACGACGCGCGCAAGGCCGCCCCACAGCUGUCGACGACGCGGCUGGUGCUCACGCACGUCGGGGCGGCGCUAACGCUCUUCCUGGCGACGACGGACACGACGAUCGUGUCGACGGCACUGCCGACGAUCACGAACGAGUUCAACGCGACCCAGGCGGAGUACACCUGGGUCUCGGUCACGUACAUGCUCACCCAGACAGCGUUCCAACCCCUCUACGGGAAACUUUCCGACCUCAUUGGGCGCACGACUGUGCUGUACGGCAGCAUUUUCAUCUUCGCGCUCGGCUCUGCGCUGUGCGGGCUCGCUCAGAACAUGGAAUGGUUAAUUCUCGCGCGCGCGCUCGCUGGUGUCGGCGGCGGAGGCAUCGUCUCCCUGGUCUGGACCAUUACGUCAGAGAUCGUCGACGUCCGGAAGCAGGCCAAGUGGUCGCAGGCGCUGAGCGUGACUUGGGCGUGCUCCGCCGUCGCUGGGCCCCUCCUCGGCGGUCUCUUCAGCAACGACCACGGCACGCUCAACUGGCGAUGGGCCUUCUACAUGAACCUCCCGAUCUGCCUCGCCGCGGCGAUCCUGCUCUGGCUUUGCCUCCGCAACGUCUACGUCGGGCGGUCGGCGGAGCUCUCCUGGAGCCAUUUCCUCCGCACGUUCGACUUCCUCGGCCUCGUGCUCUUCAUGGGCGGCAGCACCUGCAUCGUGAUCGGCUUCAAUUUCGCAACCCAGAACGGCUGGGCUAGCGCCGGCACGCUCUCCCUCGUCGUCCUCGGUCUCGUCGUCCUUCUCCUGGGAGUCCUCCACGAAGUCCGCACCGGCCGCGAUGCGCUCUUCCCCCCGAUCGCGUUCAAGUGUCGUACGAUCGUGAUCACGCUCGCCGUCACCUUCCUCCACAACCUCGCCUUCACCGCCGGCACCUUCUACCUCGCCGUCUACUUCCAGGCCGUGCACGGGCUGCGUCCCUUCGACGCCGGGCUCGCGAUGCUGCCCUACACCCUCGGCUCGUCUCUUGCGUCGAUGCCGACGGCAUGGCUCAUCGGCUUCUGGCAGCGACGACGGAGCGACACCGUCUGCCAGCAGUACGUGAUCGCGGCAGGGCUCGCGCUCGGCGCUCUGGGCUUCGGGCUGAUGACCCUCAUGUCUGAGACGAGCUCGCCGGUCGUAAACGCGGCCUUCCCACUGAUUGCCGGCAUUGGCAUCGGCAUGCUCUUCCACGCACCCUACCAGGUCUUCACCCGCGCCAUCAGCCGCCAGGACGUCGCCUCGGGGACGAGCGCGUUCUUCCUCGUCCGCUUCACCGGGGCCACCGUCGGCCUGGCCAUCGCGGGCACGGUGUUCAACGGCCGCCUCGCGCUCACGCUCCCCGCCGGCGUCGAGUCGACGACCAUUCUGGAGAACAUCGACAUCCUUCGCCCGGACCCGGCUCUGUGGCCGCAGGUCGUCGUUGCGCUCGCCGGUGCGAUCAAGGCGAUCUGGAUUGUCUGCGGCCCAUGUCUCGGCGGCGCGCUCCUCAUCUCGUUGUUCUCACGUAAGGUCGUCGUCGACGAGCCCUGCCGUCCGUCGGCUGCGCCAGCCUCGCCGUGCGCAUCACAGUCCGGCGACGCGGACGUCGAAAAGCAGACGCAGGUGCGCGUGGCGGACGCGGUGGCCCCGGCAGCAGCGGCGCUCGCUCUUCCCGCGUGCGCGCUCACGAGGAACACGGGAGCGCAGAGCGCAGCCGUCUGA